AUGGUCAUUAGUAAAAAUGUUAAAUUAGUAUGCUUUGAUGAAUCUUGUAAAGGAGAGAGGUUAUAUUGUAUUUAAUGUAUAAAAAAUGGAAUUAAUGUUUCUCAUCCUCAAUAUUAAGAAGAAUUGCCUAAAUUAUUUGUACAUAUUUAAAGUAUUGAAAAGGAAUGUGAUGAUGUAAUUAAUAGGAUGAAUAUAUAAAUGGAUUUACUUUAACAAGAGUUCUAUUUAUUAUUUGGGGGAAUAAGUUCGAAAUAUCAAAUAUCUAAACAGUAGUUCUUAAAUUUAAAUUCUUAAUAAAUGAAUUCUUACUUAGAAUAAAGUGUACAUUUUAGAUCAUUUGAAUUUAAAAUCAUUUAAUUAUUAUAACAAUUCAAAAAUGAAUUCUAAUUCUAAAUAUAAAAGUUAUUGCAUGAAUUAUAAUUAUCUGAAUUAAGUUAUUAUCAAAUAUCUAACCUAUACCUAACUAAAUCAGAAGAAUUAUAUUAAAAAGGUAAUUAAAAUAUAAUUUAGGAUAUAAACUAAGAAUUUAGGAUAAUUCGAAAGAUAAAAAACAUUAUGAGGUGAUUAUAAUAUUCGAUUAAGCAUUAAGUUUAAAUUCAAAACAUUAAAAAGCAUUAUUGUGUAAAGGUAUAAUUAUAUUUUUUAAUGUAUUAGCGGAUAGUUUAAGAAGUCUUUGUUAAUAUGAUGAUGCAAUCAUUUUGGAGAUAAAGCUUUAUAAGUAAAUCCAAAGCAUUGUUUUUCAUUACGUACUAAAAGUACUCAUCAUAUUUGUUCAUUAAAGGUGCAUUAUUCAUAUAAAAAUACCUUUUUUUUAAUUUACGAAGUUUAUAAAAGUAUAACGAAGCUAUGGAAGUGAUUGA